AUGAAGAGAAUUCUCGAUGCUCUAAAUGAUGAAAAAAUCAAGAUUAUUGGCGUAUAUGGCAUGGGGGGAGUAGGAAAAUCUACCCACGUGAGAAAUGUGAACAACCAUCUAAAAGGGGCACUAAAUUUCAGUAGAGUCAUAAUGGUGGCAGUGUCUAAGGAAGUGGACCUGAAAAGGGUCCAGAAUGACAUUGCAAAGCGAUUGGGCCUAGAUCUCAAGGAUGAAAGCAUAUCUCAUAGAGCGACUCAACUCAUGAAGAGACUGAUGGAAGAGGAGAAGUUCCUCUUCAUCUUGGACGAUCUAUGGGCUAGAAUCGAACUGGCCAAUGAGGGUAUUCCUUCUAGUGAACGCCACAAAGCUUUUAAGAUCAUAUUCACUUCACGGAGUGAAGAUGUUUGCAAAGAAAUGGAGGUCGAAUUCAAGAUCAGGGUGGAACUGCUCUCCAAAGACGAGUCGUGGAAAUUGUUCAAAGCGAAAGCAGGCGAGGUUGUUGAUUAUCCUACAUUGCACACUGUGGCAGAGAAGGUUGUUAAUGAAUGUCGUGGUCUGCCAUUGGCAAUUGUGACAGCUGGAAGGGCGUUGAAUGAUGAGAAGAGCUUCAAAGUGUGGAAUCAUGCAUUGUCGGAAUUGAAGAAGUCCGCCCCUAAGAACAUCAGAGGCAUGGAGCAAGAGGUGUAUCGAUCCCUAAAAUUAAGCUACGAUUAUUUGCAAACUGAGGAGUUAAAGUUGUGCUUCUUGUUUUGUAGUCUAUUUCCAGAAGACUACGAAAUUGAUGUGGAUCAAAUGAUUAGAUGUUGGAUGGGUGAAGGGUUUUUAGAGGAUGUUGAAACAUUGGAGGAAGUUCUGAACAAGGGACACACAUUGGUUGGAAAACUCAAGGCUGCAUGCUUGUUACUAGAUUGUGACAAAGAAGGGUAUGUAAUGAUGCACAACAUAGUUCGAGACGUGGCUAUUUCAAUUGUGUCUAAUGAUGAUUCCUACAAAUUCUUUGUCAAAGCAGGAUUGGCAUUGAAAGAAUGGCCAAAAGUGGACCGGUGGGAAGAAUACAAGAGGAUUUUGGUGAUGCAAAAUGAGAUCGAAAUGCUACCUGAGAGGUUGGAAUGUCCUGAACUGUUUGUUGGAAACAGAGAUUUCUACAAAUCCAAAACCCCACACGUAAGCAGGAAGCUGGGUUUUAGACCCAACACUGUUAACAUUGAUGAUGCAAGAAAAUGA